CAGAGCUGCAGUCGAGACGUGUGUGUGUGUGUGUUUCUCUCUACACAAACAUUCAGCUGAAUCCAGCAGGUUUCCAUCAACAACUGGUGAGUUCACUGACCUACAGAAACAACAGGAAACUGAAGAUUCCGUCAUAAGAGUGUAGACAUGGCUGCUGCCAACUGUCUGCUGACAGAAGAUCAGUUUCUGUGCUCCAUCUGUCUGGAUGUGUUCAACAAUCCAGUCAGCACACCAUGUGGACACAACUUCUGUAAAACCUGCAUCACUACACACUGGGAUACUAAUGUCCCGUGUCAGUGUCCCAACUGUAAUAAGGUUUUCUACACCAGACCUGAGCUGUUUGUCAACACCUUCAUCUCUGAGAUGGCUGCUCAGUUCAGACAGUCAGCUCAACAGAAAGCCAGCAGCAGCAGCUCAGAGCAACAAGUUUCCAAACCAGGAGACGUUCCCUGUGACAUUUGUGCUGGAACCAAACUGAAGGCCCUGAAGUCCUGCCUGGUGUGUCUGGUCUCCUACUGUGAGACUCACCUGGAGCCUCAUCUGACAAUUUCAGGCCUUAAAAGACAUCAGCUGAUCGACCCUGUGGAGAACCUGGAAGGCAGGAUGUGUCUGAAGCACGAUAAACUGCUGGAGCUGUUCUGUAAGACCGACCAGACAGGCGUCUGCAUGCUCUGCACAGACCACAAGACGCAUGAUGUUGUUCCCCUGAAAGAAGAAUAUGAAGGAAAGAAGGCCGAGCUGGGGAAGACAAAGGUUAAAAUGCAGCAGAUGAUCCAGAAGAGACGACUGAAGAUUGACGAGAUCAAACGCUCUGUGAAGCUCAGUGCAAAAGAUGCAGACAGAGAGAUAGCAGAUGGUGUUCAGGUCUUCACCGCUCUGAAGGAGUCUGUUGAGAGAAGCCAGGCCGAGCUCAUGGACACGAUCAAAGAGAAGCAGAGAAAGACAGAGAAACAGGCUGAAGGCUUCAUCAAAGAGCUGGAACAGGAAAUCUCUGAGCUGAAGAAGAGGAGCACUGAGUUGGAGCAGCUCUCACGCUCUGAAGACCACCUCCACCUCCUCCAAAGCUCAGUGUCCCUGAACACUGCUCCACCCACCAAGGACUGGACCAAAGUCAGCAUCCUUCCACCUUCACAUGUUGGGACUGUGAGGAGAGCUGUGAAUGAGCUGGAGGAUACGAUCAACAAACAGAUGCAGACGCUCUUCGCCAGAGUCGAGCUGCAGAGGGUCCAGCAGUAUGCAGUGGAUGUGACACUCGAUCCUGAUACAGCACAUCCCAAACUCAUCCUGUCUGAUGAUGGGAAACAAGUUAAACGUGGUGAUGUAAAGAAGAAUCUCCCAAACAAUCCCGAGAGAUUUGAUUAUUGUGUUAAUGUCUUAGCAAAGCAGGGGUUCUCUUCAGGAAGAUUUUAUUUUGAGGUUCAGGUUAAAGGGAAGACGAAGUGGACUGUAGGCGUGGUUGGAGAGUCGAUCAACAGGAAGGGAAACAUCACACCGAGCCUUCAGAACGGUUUCUGGACGGUAUCAUUGAGGAACAACAAUGAGUACUAUGCUCUUGCUGAUCCUGCAGUUUGUCUCUCUCUGGAGUCUCAACCUGAGACGGUGGGGGUGUUUGUGGAUUUUAAGGAGGGCCUGGUCACUUUUUAUGAUGUUGAUGCUCCAGAUGUUAUCUGCAGCUUUUCUGGCUCCACCUUUUCUGAAAAACUCUACCCAUUCUUCAAUCCUGGUCCUAAUCAUGAUGGUCAGAACUCUGCCCCACUGAUCAUCUCUCCUGUUAAUUGCUAAGUAGAACAUUUGAUUUACUACAACAAGAAAUUACUUGUUGGGAUUGCAAUAACUUUUUUCCACCCCUAUUGUGUAGAUAAAAACAGAAUGCAACUAUUUGUAAAUUUCUUUUGGAUUGCCUUUGCUUCAGAAAGACUUGUCUGGAUGAAAUGUUUUCGUUUUAACCAAAGCCAUCAUCUUAUUCAUAAAACUUCAGGUCUAUCUGGCUCAAAGCUCUGAAGGCAAACUUCUCCCAGUUGUCAUAACAACAUCAUGUUACGAAAGUAUCAAGUUCAGCUCAGUAAUAAGGUUCAUAGACAUGUCAUUUGUUUUUUGCUAGUAACACAAUAUUCGCUUUAAUUUAGCAUAAAUUAGCGGCUAGCGGUGUUUUCUUCGCUCAUAACAAAGUGCAUGCUACAUUAUUAUUUUUCUUCCUCGCUGGUGGUUUAAGUCGCUGCAUCUCCCAACAGCAAAAAAAAAAAAAAGGUUAUCCUAAAGUUGACGAUCUAGAUUGACCGAUGGAUCGUUACACCCCUAGACUGUCAGAAUGAGUGUAUAUUUGUACAAAAGUUUAUCAGUUUGAACGUUAAAUAUCUUGUCUUUGUUCUGUUUUCAUUUGAAUGUAAGUCAAAAUAGAUAUGCACAUCAUUGAAUUCUGUUUGUACAUUGUACACAGCGUUUUUUGUUUUUCUAUUUUCUUGAUUAUAUUUAUCUUUGAUCAAGAACACCAGUUUGAGAACAAUGACUGAUGUGACAUCAUGUUGUCUAAUCUGUUUUAAUGGGUGUAACAGCUUCAAUUAAGGGAUUUCAAACACCACAUAUAAUGCUGCAAUACAUGACAAGUGCAAUUAAUCAAAGAAGAGUUGCCAAAAAGUUGCUUUGUUUAAAGUCAUUCCAUGUUCAUUUGGCAAAUUUUAAACUUUGGUCACUGAUGUAUAAAAAUGUUGGAUUUUUGUGCAGUUAUUGAGGCAAAAUGUCUGAAUAAGAAAGUGAUUACACUUUUUAAAGAAAUAAACACAACAUAAAAACUGUG